AUGAGCAGUCCAGAGGGCGGCCUGGGCCUUGGAAGCCUGGUUCGGAGCCAGCAGGAGCGAAGAAGCUGGGUGCCUGGUGUCUGUUUGAGGGAAGGGCUGUGGGCAGGGGGCGAGAGUGGGGAACUCCGGGGAUCCGAAGGGAAGGUGUACAGCUCGGAUGAGGAAAAGCUGGACGCGCCGUCGGGAGAGGCGGCAGGCAGCGAGCCCGAAGAGGAGGGCUCCGGCGGCGGCGAUAGCGAGGACGACAGCUUCCUGGACAGUGCCCCUGGGGGCGCGGCGGCCCUGCUAGGGCCCAAGGCCAAGCUUAAGGGGAGCCUAGGGGCCGGGGCCCUGGACGGGCCUCCCGGGGCGCCAGGGGCCUCUGCCCCGGGGGGCAAGAGCCGGCGGCGGCGCACGGCUUUCACCAGCGAGCAGCUGCUGGAGCUGGAGAAGGAAUUCCACUGCAAGAAGUACCUGAGCCUGACCGAGCGCUCGCAGAUCGCCCACGCCCUCAAGCUCAGUGAAGUGCAGGUCAAAAUCUGGUUCCAGAACCGCCGGGCCAAGUGGAAGCGCAUCAAGGCCGGCAACGUGAGCAGCCGCUCGGGGGAGCCCGUCAGGAACCCCAAGAUCGUGGUGCCCAUUCCCGUGCACGUCAACCGGUUUGCCGUGCGCAGCCAGCACCAGCAGCUGGAGCAGGGCGCACGGCCCUGA